CAUUACCGCUCCCCUCCCUUGCCGCUCUCUCUGCUUCGCUGCUUCCCCCGCUGAAUGCGUUUGUUUUGGCUCGUGCGUCGAGCUGGAUGGCCGUGCGACGAGCCGGCCGCAGUGGAGUGUGCGAAGCGUAACCGAACGGAUUUGCGCGGUACUCGUGACACUGUGCCCAGGCGACCGUCGACAUCUGUUUCUUUCCCUUCUCGAGUCCGCGCACCCGACGACAACGCGGCGGACGAGUCGUCGGAGGCAACCGGUCGAACAGCGAGCGCGUGUUGUGUGCACGGCGUUUGAAUCGUUCACCGGAGUUUCGGAAACGUCCAACUCGCUACCGUCGUCGUCUCAUCGCCAGCCCAGCGCUUACAGCGUUAGCAAGCCGCCGCGAUGUCAACGCUGCUGCUUCCCGGAGCGGUAGCGGUACUCUGGGGUUCCGGUGACAACCGGUGACAGCGCGCCGAUAUCCGCGCUACGGUGUGUGUGUGUAUUGGUGUCUUCGUCUAUCAGUAGUGGGACACGCGACGACGACGGGGCCUGCAGACGCCAGGCCAGGAAGGGAUAGCAGUUUACACGUCGACAAAGCUGGGCAUGGCUUCUGUUCUUACAUCCUGACCAACAUGUGGAAUAUUCAUGAUGUUACUGACGUAACAGAAAAUGGACAUCUCAACAGUGCUUGCAGCGUUGUGGGGUGUCCUCGUGCUCCUGCAAGAACCCUGUCAAGGCGUGCUCCAGGGGGGCAAUGGCCCACCCCCUUUGGUGUUGGUGCCUGGCUCCGUGCCCCCUUGGGAGGAAGGCACCGGCAGCCCCCAGGCACCCACUUACGAGGCCCCGCACACAUCCCCCAUCUUCGUGCGUGCCGAGCCUAUUGCCCUCAGUGAGCCCCAGGGCACAGGCUGGAGGCCCAUGCACAACCCUGCCAGCUGGCUGUCCCAGCCCCACCCAGACAACCUGCCCAUCAGCAUGGGUCCCUCACCAUAUGUCUUUCCUGGAAGCAAGCCUCCUCCUCCCAUCACUGCCCCUCCAUCAUUUCCGCAAGUGCCACAGGGCCCCGUCACACAUCCAGACUGGGGGAGCUCUGUACCGCCCACACCAAGAUACCCCGUUCCACCCCAGACACACACAUCACCUCAGCUCUCCAACGACAUUCCACCCGUGAGGACAAGUUCACCAACAACACCCAGUGAAAACACUGUGCCGCACCCAGUCUUCACAACGGAGCCAGCAACUGAAAGGCUUCCAGGCACUACCCAGGCUACGGCUGCCACAGAUGCAACGGUGCCUCUCUCUGUGAACACUGUGUUUGAUGAACAUGGAAAUGUGCAUCAGCAGAGCAAUGCAACGGCCAGUUCUACGUCAAGUGACUCGAGCCCGUUGCGGGUUCCCGGUGGCUUGUUAGACCAGAAAAAUGCACACCGUGUGGGUGUCUCUGUGGAUGCCGCAGCAGGCGGUAGUGUGACUGUCACGCCGAACGAGACAUCGACACCAGCCCCAGUUGACAGGGACUCGCCAAACAUCGAGUCUCCAGACUACCCAUUAGCAGGAGGUGCAGUGGCUGGAAUAGUCAUCGGCUCCAUUGCAUCAGUGGCACUCCUCGCAGGUCUGAUAACCUACGUUGUCUUACGGAGGCCUUUCCUGAAGCUGCUGCAUGGCCAGGACAAGUCGUCUACUGAUAAUGUCGCCUACAUCGAUGACUCGGUGCGCAGUAGCUACAUGAACACCCAUAUUGAGCUGCCCAAGGAAAACUCUGAAGAAAUGACUUCACUGGACAACGAUUCAUUUCUCAACAGCUUGGAAGCAGUGACCAUACAAAACUACUGGGCUGACACCAGCAAGAACACUAACGUGUGAAAAACAGCGAGCAGACGAAGAUCCCUGCCUCUGAUGCUGUGCAUUCCUUAACUUGUGAAUACUAGGUAGCGGACUGAAAUUGCUGUGCUGCAUUGUUUCAUCUGUUGUUGAAGAGGUGCAGUAGUGGCAGCAUGUGAUGGCAACCUUGCAUCGUUUUAUUAUUUUUUUUUUUCACUGUGCACUUCAUUCAUUUGACUUUUUGAGCACCUUCACUGAACAUUUCUGCAAAGCUGUUAUAUUAGCAAUGAUGUAAGCUCUUCUUGCCCAGUUUCGUUUUUUUUUAUUAUUAUUAUUAUUAUUGUAGCGUCAGGUUGUAAAGCGGCAACAUAAUUUUCUGUGUUUCAAAUGUGGAAUGUCGCUCUACAAGACAAUACAGUCGGACUAGUUAGAAUGGACAUGGAUAUAAUGAAUUAUAAGAUAACGAAGUAAAUCGGAAAUGUUUCUUUCUGACAUCAUUGCAUAACGAAUAUUGAGUAUAAUGAAGGUAUUUUCGAGUUUGAUGAGACUUCAGUUAUAUUGACGGUCAACUGUAUGCCAAAUUUGGCAAACGCACUUUUCCACUCGCCUUGAUUGCUACCAAUAUGGUCGUAGAUAUGUGCACCAAGAAAGCAAGAAUGGGAGGUUAGGACAUGCUGAAACAUUCCCUGCAUUGUAUACACUUCGAUCCCAUGCAUCACUAUUUUAAUGGUGGCAUUCUCGUGUAAAGUUGUCUGUUUGUAGAGUUUAUUGUAUCGCCCUCCUGUUGGGAAUUUAACUUUUUUUUUCAGCCUGUCGACUCAACAUUUCAUCAUGCCGUUGAACACGGAGAGUAGUAUAGAGUACUGCGCUGCUACUGGAAACUGGCAUAAAUUACUUCUUUAGCCUAAAUAACUAGUUCACCUACUGUUAAGAUUUCGCACUGAAGUGGCAUUAAGUGGUAGGCUUUGUUCAAUGCGAAGUUCAGUGACGUUUCUUUCCUGGUUUGUCCAAAAUUAGGAGUGUGGAAUUGCCUGCAGCAGGGCUUUUUCAGAGGUGGAGAAAUUUACCAUGCAGACUGCAGUGGUGCCUUAUUUAAAAGACAACUUUAGCUCUUCCUCUCCUUACUCAGGUGCAUGUGCAAAACACAGAAAUGUCCUCGUUGGGUUACCACUCAACUGUUUUCUAAUAAUUAUUUAUUUAGCAGUAAAAAGACUGUCAAUUACUGGCCCCAAACCACUAAUUAAUGCCACAUAAAAUUUUUCAAUAUUGAUAGAAAUGUGACAAUUUUGUCAAGAAUUGGAGCGUCAUGUUUACAACUAUAAAUUUGCAAAAAAUUCAUAAUGACAUUAUUGACAGAGAACUGCUACAAUUUGUGGAAUGAUGAUGUGAAAGAAACUUUAUUUAUAAAAAGAACUUGGCACUCAACUGCAGGUGACAAGAUAUCUAGUUCUGAAUGAACCAAACAGUUAACAUUAGACAACAUAACAUGGUAUAAGGCAAAGCUUACCACGUAAUUCCCCUUUUACAUGGAUUUCCAGUGCAAACCUUGAAACACUUCAGCCUGAACAUCUAUCUGUAGGUGUUACGGGAAUACCAGACAAAGUGCAAACAGCAGCACUAGUAGAGGCAGCUUGUGGUGCUAUGUUUAACCUCAAUGUUUUGGAAGGGUCUUCUAUUGCACAACACUUUCUGGCAACAACAAAAAGAAGUACUAUAGCAUCUGGAAGUUUACGUUGCUGUGGGAACCUUUACACCAGCCUUGGAGGAAGGGAAAAAAUUAGAGAGGCCCUAAUGUCGCUUUCUGUGACACCGUGCAAGAAUGUUUAUUACGGGGCAGUAUGUCUUCCUCACCUGUGUGUGCAGCUGAGCAGCACACAGCUGCACACUUUAUGGCCGAGGCCAACAAAGGCUACAAGCAUAAAAAGAGAGGAGGAAUUUUCUCUCGGACAUCUUGUACAUGACCGUGCGCACACCUCAUUAAAGCAGAACGUCAACUGCCGCAUGCAGGCCUGCAAGUGCUGAUCACCAAAGCAGCAACAAAGAACACCACCCCAGCUGCUGUUGCUAGCCGUGACAAUGUUACUUUGAGCCACAGAGCAACUUUCUCCCUUAGCAAUGCUGAUGCCCUUGCUAUUUGCUCCAUAAUGCAGCUUAGAUGACAUGCAACUUCAACCAGACUCAUCGCAGUACAUCUGGUACUGUUGGGGCCUCUCCGUUAUGGCAGCAGAGAAGAGAACACAGCCACACAUUGCAAUAACAGUCCAUGCAGUUUGCUUAAGCACAGCGUCACAAAAUGUCCCCACCAAUGCUGCUUUUCGAUGCUUCAUACUGCAGACAUAUUUGCAAUUUAUCCUGAUAGCAGUCUGACGCUAGGUGCAGCAUGUGUUGCACCCAAAGUAUUACAACGCUAAUUGCUGCCAAGAUUUUAGGUACCAGGGCAUGCACACUAGUCCACCGAACACUUCAUGUCUACCACUUGUCUUUUAAUGAAGCUUAGGAUGAAAUUUACUUGAGUGCUAGUGGUUUAUUUUUUUCCCUCCGAGGGCUACAUGCACUGUAAAUAUGCAACUGAAACUUGUCUUUCAGCCACAAAGCCUAUUUCAUGAACUGAAGGCAGUCAGAUUUGCUACCAUGGAUCUCCAGGCACCUGUUGAUUCACAGUUUAAGAGGGUCAUGGAGAUCUGACACAGGUAUUGAAGUGGUUCAGGAGUGAAACUAUGCACGCGCACUUGUUUUGUUGUGGAUGUGCCUGUAUGAUCUGUGUUUUAAGGAGCUCUGCAAGAGCACAUGCUUGUAGCUUAAGACUUUCCCUUAUGCUGAGAGCCUUAUUCGUACUUACUUUUAUAAUCUCUGUGAUCGUCAGUAACAUCAAAACUACAAAGGUCUUCUAGCAUAAAAGCUAGCGUAGACAAGUCUUAGGUCAUCUGAGAAUUAUAUUUUUGACAUUUCUCCCAUGUGAUGCACAUAGCAAGACUGUUCACAGACUUUGUACUUUAUGCUUACCAAUUUUAAACCUUUCACAAAAUGUGAAAAAUAUGUGCCGAUUUGUUACACACAGCACAGUACUUUUUAGAUGCACAUUUCUGAUGUUAGUAUAGCUUUAGAUGUAGUACAUAUGCACCAUUUGACAAAACACUGGUGGUGAGGCUCAAAGUGGCUGCAGAAUGUGUACAUAUUCUGUUGACGUGCACUCUAUUAGUUCUAGUCGUGGCCUCGGAUAUUACAGAAUAUUAUUUAUUUUUUCCCGGCUUUACUUGACCUUCAUCUUGCAGGAGGUUGUUCACUGUGGAUGAUGAAAUACUUAAUAAAAAAGAACCGACUGAUUAGUGUUGGAAAAUAAAUCUAUGUAUAU